GCCAUCUCCUGCACCGCUCCCGCUUGGCGUGCCGCCACCUUCGCCAGAGCCGCCCAGCCCCUCUCCGCCAUCUCCUGCACCGCUCCCGCCUGGCGUGCCGCCUCCUUCGCCUGCUCCUCCUAGCCCCGCUCCGCCAUCUCCUGCACCGCUCCCGCCUGGCGUGCUACCUCCCUCGCCUGCGCCUCUUAGCCCCGCACCACUAUCUCCUGCACCGCUCCCGCCUGGCGUGCCGCCACCUUCGCCGGAGCCGCCCAGCCCCACACCACCAUCUCCUGCACCGCUCCCGCCUGGCGUGCCGCCACCUUCUCCGGAGCCGCCCAGCACCGCACCGCCAUCUCCUGCACCGCUCCCGCCUGGCGUGCCGCCACCUUCGCCGGAGCCGCCCAGCCCCGCUCCGCCAUCUCCUGCACCGCUCCCGCCUGGCGUGCUACCUCCCUCGCCUGCGCCUCUUAGCCCCGCACCACUAUCUCCUGCACCGCUCCCGCCUGGCGUGCCGCCACCUUCGCCGGAGCCGCCCAGCCCCACACCACCAUCUCCUGCACCGCUCCCGCCUGGCGUGCCGCCUCCUUCGCCGGAGCCGCCCAGCCCCACACCACCAUCUCCUGCACCGCUACCGCCUGGCGUGCCGCCUCCUUCGCCUGCUCCUCCUAGCCCCGCACCGCCAUCUCCUGCACCGCUCCCGCCUGGCGUGCCGCCACCUUCGCCGGAGCCGCCCAGCCCCGCACCGCCAUCUCCUGCACCGCUCCCGCCUGGCGUGC